AUGAAGCACCGCAAUUUGUUCAAAAACAAUAAUUUGGGUUCACUCAGAGAAUUUAAAAAUGAGGGACCAUUGAAGGGAACAACAGCACGAAAUGCACUGCAAAAAAACAGUAGUUUUGCUGCAUUUGUAGAUAGAAUGCAUGCUAUCAAUCGCGUGUUUCUAGUUAAAAAGAAGCGGGAAUCGGAAGUGGAAACGGUAUCGUGUCCCGAUCCGGUGGAUGGUGAUGCUCGGGAUGAGGCUCGUUCGGCUUAUAUUGAUGCGGAGACGAAGUGGCUUGAUUGCUGUUUGCGAGAGUUUCUUGAAAGGAAAUCUAGGUACGGAUCAAGAAAGCUUUUUUUACUCCGUCUAUUAGGAGUAUUAAUUGUAUUAAUGGGAGUGUUAUGGUAUUUUUGGCCUUUGUGGGAAUGUCUCAUCGAUGUUGAAGCAGAUGCGCAUUUCAGAGUCCUUGCAAUUUCUCCUAGCUCUCAACCAAAUGAGAUAAAACGUGCUUAUCGAGAGGCUGUUAAGCGCUGGCAUCCGGAUCGAAAUCCAAACUGUGAAUCUUGUCGUAUUCAAAUGAUAAAGAUACAACAGGCACACGAUGUUUUGCUGGCUCGAGGGAGUCAACGCUUUAAAUUAGCCGAAAAAUACCGAGAAG